GGCUGAUUCUUGCCCUUGACACCAAUUCUUCUUUUGGCUUGAGAGAAAGAAGACAGAAGAGUAGAAUGGAGUACAAGGUGUUUUGCACACUGAUCAUCACUUUGAUGCUGGGGUACAAUGUGCUGACCCAGGGAGUCUUUGAAACAUGUAAUAUGACUCCACAGGAGAGGAAAAAUUGUGGUUGGAGUGGUAUCACAGAAAAAGAAUGUCAAGAAAGAAAUUGUUGCUUUGACAGCAAUAUUAGGGGUUAUCCCUGGUGCUUCUCCCCUCGGCAAGAAAUAGAAGAUAAUGAAUGCUAACAAACUCAUGAGAAGACCUUGCUUGUUUGAUCCAAUGGAAACCUUACUUUAUAUCAAUGGAAGAUGUUUAUAGAUUUUACUGAAUUUUCUAUAGAUUUAUUAUGGGUGUGUGUCACUUUUAACUUGACAUUUAUAGUGACAGAAGUCAUCACUUCUCUUCAAAUAUUUCCCUGCUAAUAUAAUUUAGGCUAAAAAUUAAAAAAAUAAAAGAAGAUGGAAAAAUUUAACAAA